CAAGUCAAACCAAAGACCAAAGGACCCUUUUGAUUUGUAUUCAAAGAGUGAAUAAUAUCGGUUUUUGUAGAACUCAAAAAUAUAAAGGAUCUUGUCCCAAUCAACAAGAGUUUAUGAAUAAUGUCAAAAGACAUGGAAGUAGUCUUGGACAUUGCAAAAGGGGACAAAUUCAAGUGCUUCGAAGAAGCCAAACAGAAAAUUACAGAAAGUGCCCAAAGGAAGUUCGUGCAAUUUUAUAAACGCGAAUCGAGAACUAUUUCCGGAGGAGCUAAAAAGACAAAAAGAUAUUUAAAUCCUGACUUGAAAUUUUAUCAAGUGGAAUGGGCUUGUGUCCACGGAGGAAGAAAUUACAAAUGCAGAAGCAAUGGAUUUCGUAGUUCUAAAACUUUGAGACAUGAAUAUCCUUGUCCAGCACAUAUAAGAAUGAAAGUUUCACCAGAAGGGGAAGAUUUUGUCAUUGCAAAUGUAAAUAAUAAUCAUAAUCAUAUAGUUUCUGAGAGUUUAUUCAAUAUGUUGCCCCACCGGAGAAAAUUACCACCUGAAAUAAAAAAAGAAACCAAGUCAUUAUUAAAUAUGCAUGUUAACAGACAUUCAAUCAAAGAGGAAAUAGAGCAAAAAUAUAAUAAGCAAAUAACUAUGAAAGACUUGGCAAACAUCCACAAUGAAGACAAAUUUCGAAAAAGAAAUUUGAAUCAACAAACAAAGUAUAACUUAUUAUCCACUAAAUUAAAAAAGGCUGCAUCUCUAGGUGCGGAAGCUUAUGGUGACAAUUUCGAUAAGGUCUCUUCUCUUUUCGAUGAUAUUAUAAAAAUGCUCCAAAACAAAACCUACGAAUUUGAGUUCUCAUAUGCUGUCUCAGAUAUUGCUGAAGAUGAUCUUAUUGAAUACAACAUUCCAAAUGAUGACACUAGCGACAAUACCUAUGUUUGUAGCAAUAUUAAUGUUGCUAGUAUUGAAACAGUACCAUUUGAACAAGAUGACAAUGAUACCAUUAUGGCUAAUAAUUGUACAGAUUUUUGUACUGCUGAUACUGUCUUUGAUAACAGUAUUAAUGAAAAUGAUCAUGUAGAUACUGAAACAUUUGAUUGUACAGAAAAUAAUACAAUUGAAUGUUCAAAUACAGUCUAUGAUAACAAUAUUAAUAUUAGUGAAAAUUGUCAUAUGAAGACUGAAACUGAUAACAACCGUAUCAUUACAAUUAAUAAUAGGAGAGUUGUUCAAGUUUUGAAAUGAUUGGGGUUUCAUCUGUUUGAUGCAUAUUAGAGACAUAUUUCUGUGGUUCAGUUGUUGCUUGGGUCAGUAAAAAAUUAUUGAUGAGGACAAAUUCUUAUGCAUAUUUCAAUGUGAAAAUCUCAAACUAAAUCUACAUGCUUCUUCAAAUUUAAUAAAACAUUUAUAUAAUCA